CGAAAAUAUAUAAAAGCACAAAUUUUGAUUACUCUACAUCCACUUCCACGGGUAUCUUUAUCACAAGCAACCAUGAACAAGUUCAUCGUACUCGCUGCCCUCGUGGCCGUCGCCGCCAGCUCAGUGGUGCCAGUUGUCAAAGUAGACGAUGAAGCCACCAGCUUCUCCUACGACGUGGCCGACCCCCUCACUGGUGACUACAAGAGCCAAUCAGAAAGCCGCGUUGGAGGAGUAGUCAGAGGACAGUACUCCUUGGUCGACCCCGACGGCACCAAGCGCGUUGUCGACUACACCGCUGAUGACGUCAAUGGAUUCAACGCUGUAGUGCGCAAGGACCCGUUGGUCGCGAAUGUUGUGGCCCCCGUUGUUGCUUCCCGCACCGUCGUGUCCCCAGUGGCCCCCGUCGUAUCUGCCCCCGCUGUGUACUCUGGCUCAUACGUCGCCCCCUCUGUGUACAGCGGCGUGCCCUCAGUGUACUCUGGAUACCCCGGUUAUUCCGCUGUAUACCCCGGUUACCCCACCGCUCGUCUCGGCUACUGGUAAACGAAACUAAUCGUCUAAAAAAAAAUAUAAAACAGUGUUCAACCAAUCAACGUGUAAAUAAUGUGUAAAAAAUAUCCAUAAAAUAAUGUAAAUAAACAAAAUUUAAAAUAAAUUAAAUACAAAUAUUA